AUGCUACCCACGACGCUGUGGUUGCUGUGCUUGGCAGCCAUUAGCGCACGAGCACAGAGUGACUACCCGACAUACACUGGCACAUUCUCAACAUUGUCGUCUGUUCCAACCUCGGAUUUCGCGGGCUCGGGGUACACGUACUUGACCUAUACCGCUCAGAGUUCGGUUUCGUCAUCUAGCAACAGCAAUGCCACAGCAACAAGAAGUUCGAAUUCGCAGAUUACACGGUCGACAACUUCGGAGUCGAUCCUUCAGAUUACGGCCAACCCGACAUCGAAUAGUGCAAACCUCACAGCAACGCGAACAUCGAGCUCAGCAACACCGGUCAAUACAAUCCCUUGCAACAAUUACCCUGAAUUUUGCAACCGACAGUAUAGCAAUAUCACCGAAGUGUGUGCUCACAACUCGGCUUUCGUGGUGAGAAACAACGCUGCCAGCAACCAGCAAUUGUCGAUCACGGACCAGUUGAACGAUGGGGUACGGAUGUUGCAAGGCGAGACACACUACGUCAACAACACCAUCUACAACUGCCAUACCACCUGCGACCUUCUGAAUGCGGGAACUUGGCAGUCGGAACUCGAGACUCUUGUCGGUUGGCUGGAGCAGAAUCCAUAUGACGUGGUCACGUUUUUGAUUGUCAACAGCGACUAUCGCAACGUGCAGGAUUACGUUGCUCCCAUCCAGAAUUCUGGAAUUGCCAGCUACCUGUAUGAGCCAGAGUUCGUCCCGCAAUACAGACAACAAUGGCCCACACUCGGUCAUAUGAUCCUCACGGGCAAGCGCGUGGUAAUGUUCAUGGAUUACAAUGCCAACCAGACGGAGGUACCUUAUAUAUUGGACGAAUUCGCCCAUAUUUGGGAGACUCCAUUCUCGCCUACCAACCAGAGCUUCCCAUGCUCACAGCAGCGUCCACCUGGGUUGACACAGCAAGAUGCCGAGGAGAGGUACAUGUAUCUGGCAAACCACAACCUGAACACUGCUGUGGAUCUCGGCGCCCUCACGGGUGGAAGCUCAAGUGAUACGAUUCUGAUUCCAAAUUACGCCGAGCUUAAUAUCAGCAAUGGUGCCUCCAACCAAUUCGGACAGCUUGGAGCGAUGCAGCAGAACUGCACCGCUGACUGGGGACGACCGCCAAACUUCCUGUUAGUCGAUUACUACAAUCAGGGCCUUCCAAUGCAAGGAUCGGUCUUCGAGGUUGCUGCUCGUGCGAACGGAGUAACUUACAAUAGGAGAUGCUGUGGUAUCACGCAAUCUGCGGCCCCUGUAAUCAGGAGUAGCUUUGCUGCUCUGGCGACUGCUUUGCUGUUUUCGGUUUUGCUGGCUUGGUAA